GGCAGUGCGACGACGCCCUGGACGCGUUGAAAUCGUAUCUACAACUGUGAAGUUAAAGCAGUCUAAUAGCUAUCUCGAAUGAGGACUGACUCGGAACAGAGACGUUUGAACUAGCUUCUUACUGGGUAUCUCGAUACAGACGAUAGCCUAGCCAUUGCUUUCCAGCGCCGUACGAGCACGCGGAGAAUCAGCGGACACCAUGGACACCACCCGUGUCUUCCCGCUUGAAGUGAUGACGAAAAUCUUCUGCGAAUCGCACGCCGAUGUCGUCUCCCGCCCUCUUGGUAGCGAUUACUCGCCACAGGUCAUCCUCAACGAGGCACCCCUAUCGCUCAUCCGCGUGUCCAGACGUUGGAGGGCAAUCGCUUUGGACAGUCCACAAGUCUGGACGACUCUAUCCCUUCCAGCGUUCCCUGACAUCUCUUACACGGAUCUUCGCAUAGAAGAGUCUCUCAAAGCUGUCCAAUCAUGGCUCGCGCGAUCCCGCUCGCUUCCUCUAUCUUUUGGCGUAUCCGUGACCCGGUUACCAUACGAAUACGACGUAGAUUUUGAUCUAUAUCUGGCUCGCUACCUGAGCAUGCUCUUUGGGGAAUGUCAUCGGUGGAAGGAAGUCAACAUAACCUUCCACUCAUACUCUGACAUAGAAAGCGUUCUCCGCCCUCUCUUACCCUCCAGUUCUCCGAACCUGGCACCUCUACUCGAGCGAUUCGUGGUCUAUUCCAGUGGAACAUACAACGAAUCUAUCAUGACGCUGUUCAAAGACGCUCCCCUACUCCAAAAUGUUAAACUUUAUCAUCCCAAUCUUACGAAAUGGUCCUUGCCGUGGUCGCAACUGACGCGAAUUGAUGUCACGAACAGUCGGUUGACAUGGAACAGCCACAAUUCCAUUCCCACAGACGAGUUUAUGGCCAUGUUGGGAAAAUGCAACAAGGUUGAGGAUCUCCGAUUUUCCGUGGCCACCGAUAUAGAUUUUGAAAGUCUAAACGCCAUCAAACCUAUCGCACUUCCUGCACUUCACCGGCUUCACGCUAGCCUUAACGAUCCGACAGCCCGGUUUACCUGUGCUUUCUUGGGCUCCGUCCAUGCCCCGAACUUACAGUCAAUGCACGUCGCAUCGAGCGAUGUUUUCGACCGCAGUCAAGACUAUCGUAGGACGGAAGCAGAUCGGUCGACGGCGGAGCUGCUGUCUGCAUUCCGCUGUUUCCUGACGCAUUGCAAGCAUUCACUUCAAAAAUUCAAGUUGUUAGGAAAGGGGGACGACCAGGGCCUGCCAUCUAUCUUGUCCAAUAUGCCGAAUCUAUCCUCUCUCACCCUGUCGAUGGAAACAGUUACCGUCCCUCUUCUUCGUUCCCUCACCCUUCGCUUCGUUUCCGACGGAACCGGAUUGCUCGACUGUGGCCAUGCACCCCAUCUCACUCACAUCGAAUUCAUUGGCGAUUAUUUCCCCGGUGAAAAGACGUGGCAGUCGCCAGCUUCCGAUCCUUCGGCACACGAGAUAUACAACAUUUUCACGAAUAUGGUGGAAUCAAGGCGCAGGAUUCCCGAAACGGCAUUGAAGACGGGAGAGGUCGAUAGGCUUAGAGAGGUGAGGGUACAGAAGGGUAUUUGGGCUAGGAUGGCGAAGUUAUAUCGAGAGAGUUAUGCACGGUUCGAGAUUAUGUCCGACGAGGGGUUGAAAAUUGCUGUGUAG